AUGGCGUCCACUUCAGCUCAAGCGAUCAAGUCGGCAGGACCGGUAAUUCGUAAUGGAUUCGUGAUUCCGAGCAUUCGACUCACCCCGCCGCCCGACCGUCCUAGGAAGUCCGAGCCCGCACCGGACCAGGAUCUGUCCAACAAGACACUGUAUGUUCCCUUGCGCACCGACGAGAUUGGUUGGGAAGAUGGAGGGUUGAUCUGGGGUGGAAGAAGACCUGUGUAUGCGUAUCCCACGGUCAAUCUUUACGGUGGAGACGAUGAUCAUGUUAUCGGCACAUAUCGAGGCGGGCCCAAAGGCUACUCGUUCUACAGCAUCACGGAUUCCAAAUUCUCAGUAGCAAGCUCGGAGGACUGCGAGGAGAGACCCCCUGGACGCAAAGCACCUACCGAGCGGCCACCGAGGAGAGAGACUGGCGAUGAGAUCGAAUCGGAUCCUGGGUCCCCCACGUCUCGUACGAGCACCGGACAUUCUUCCUCAUCAUCUUCUGCGAGCACUUCUAGGUCAGGUUCGACUGGCGCCACCUCUUCCAGCUCGUGCAAAUCGGCCACUGCUGCGCCUCCUACGCCGAUCAAGACGACGUGCGUUGAGACGUGCGCUGGGCCCUCUGCCUCUACGACGGUGCUCGACGGCGCUGCUCAGACUAGCAGUCCAGUCGCGACCGACGGUGCAGAUGAGCUACUCAAGGGGGCAUCGACGCCAUCUAGCUCAUCUGCAGCCUCUUCGCGCCGCAGCAGCUCGUCGGCUGAUGCUUCGGGCGUGGAUACAGGUGCGACAACACCCGUAGCAGACGUGGAGCAAGCUGCCUUUACCGAGGACGACCUGAGCGAGCGACUCAAGACGAAGCUCGCGUCUCUACAGACAUCGGGCGACGCUGAUGACCCGCGGCCGACAAGGAAGCUUGCGCGCCGAGCGGGCUCUCUCGACCUUUCGACUGCGCAAGAGGAGAGGCAAGCUUUGACGAAAGGCGCCAGAGCAGGCCGAUCGAUCUCGCUAGACUUGCGCAGUCCGGGAGCUGAACGCUGCUGGCCGGCAGGAAGGGGAACUUCCGGAUACGAUGCUUCAGGCGUGGCUGGACUGGAAAUGUCUAGUGGCUCCUUCUAUGAAGACCACUGCUGA